ACUACAGUGUUGUCAGUGAGUAUGUGGCGGAUCCUUCUGCUCCUCUCCCUCUGCCUCGCCUUCCAGCCGGCCAAUGGCUACGUGGAGGACUACUACUGCGGCGAACACAACUGUUAUGACUUGCUGGAGUUGACACGAGAUGCCACCAAGCCGGAGAUUAAGAGGAAUUUCCGUGCCAUCGCCUCCAAGACUCACCCAGACCGCUUCCAGGACCCCGAUGAGAAGAAGGUGGCCGAGGAGAGGUUCCGCAUCCUGUCCACUGCCUAUGACAUUCUCCGCGAUGACGAGGCACGAGAGGAUUACGACUACAUGCUGGACCACCCCGAGCAGUUCUACCAGAAUGUGUACCGGGCGUGGCGGCGACGCAUGGCUCCCCACGUCGACGUGCGGAUUGUCGCUGUCACCAUCUCCCUCAUCUCACUCGUGCAGUACUACAACGGGUGGACGAAGUAUGAGGAAGCCAUCAAGUACUUUGCGGUGGUGCCAAAGUACAGACUGCAGGCGGUGGAGCUGGCCAAGCAGGAGGGCCUGGUGACGGACAAGAAGAGGAACAGGGGCAUGUCCAAGGAGCAGAUUAAGGAGCAGGAGGAGAAGGUCAUCAGAGAGGUGAUCAAGAGCAAGAUGGACAUUCGUGGUGUCUAUGCCAAGCCCACCUAUAAGGACAUACUGUGGGUGCAGCUUGCCUUCCUGCCAUACUGGAGCCUGCAGUACUUUGGGUGGUACCUGCGCUGGGUGUGGAAGUUCUGGAUCUUGAAACACGACUACGGGGACGAGGAGAAGUGUUACAUCAUCCGCAAGUUUAUGGGUCUCAGUCACGGCCAGUUUGAGAACCUGGACGACCACGUGAAGGAGGAGUACCUGGACCUGGAGCUUUGGAAGAAGGAGAACUACGAGUCUUGGAAGGCUGAGAGAGACGCAGAACUCAAGCUAAAGAUGGCACAGUCCGGCCGCUACAAAUCUUACCGGCGAUACAUGAAGAACAAUGGUCCAGGGCGCAUGUACUUUGAUGAUUCUUAAACCCCUGGGAUAACUAUUACUACUACUACUACUAUUACUAUUACUAUUACUAUUACUAUUACUAUUACCACUACUAUUACUACUACUACUACUGCUGAUAUUACUGCUGCUAUUAUUGCUGCUGUUGUCUUUCUUCUCCUUUCUUUGUUUCAGUGGCCUCAGUUAUGUGUACUUUGAAGAUUCCUAACUCUUGUGACUGAAACCACCACUGCUACUACCACUACCGUUACUACUACUUCUACUUCUAUUACUACAAUCUCCUUUCUUCUCCUCAUCGCUUCCUCCUGUUUUGUGAUAGGAAACUACUAGGAAACUUGCCUGCUUGUGUAUUUUUUAUUUCAAUGUAAUUUAUAUUCACUUGGCAUAUGGUUGUGUGUGUGUGCAUGUGUGAGUGUGUGCAUGUGACAGAGAACCCCACAGCAGGUUAGUUUCUGUACCCACAAAGCUCUCUGCAUCAGAUCACACCACCACAACACCUCCCAUGGAUCUUGUUAAGGGAGAAGGUGACGAAGGUGGCAGUGAUGUGAUGUCUCCACCUUUCCCCCCGACAGACUGUUCUCGUGUGGAUCUUUUGUAGUCACAUUCAGGGCACUUGUUUUGACGUGUUGUGGCAUGUUGACAUUUGUAGUUUGUUGGUGGACAUGAGCAUGCAACAUCAAAAUGAACCGUGUGUGUGUGUGUGUUUGUUUGUGCACUUCUGAAACCACCACAGAGAGAGGAAAGGAGACGAGACCACAACCAAAAAUCUCAACCUUCAUCUUCCUUUCUUGCAUUCUUGUCAUUCCCUCCACAUCCCCCACAUCACACACCCACCAUACAUGUCUAGCACACCACACUGACAUACCUUGCCUCUCUGCUGUGUGAUGUGGGGCUCUUCUCUCUCUCUUCUGCCAUCCCAAUGUUGUGACCUUGGACUGCUUGACUGAUAGUAAGAGAGAGAGAGAGAGAGAGAAACAAGACUGCAAAGUAUAAUACGACACUUGUAGAAUUCCUAAGUUUGCAAGAAUGAACAAAAAUUGCAAAAGAGAGAGAGAGAGAGAGAGAAAAGGGGAUAAUAAUACUUGUAGAGAGAGAAAGAGAAAGAAAAACAAGGCUGUAAAGUUUAAUAUGACACUUGGAUUAGCCAUAAGUUUGCAAGAAAGUAUCAAAAUAUCACGAGAAACAGAGAUAGAAAGAGUGAGGGGGGAGACCAUUACCUACUAUUAGCAAGAGAGAAAUGAGUGGCUGUAGCUGUAUCAAAAGUAGAGAGAUAGGCAGACAGGCAGGGGUGCUAAGUAGGAUGAGGAGUAACAGGAGAAACCAUGAUAAAUUUAAAGGAAAAAUACUAUCAAAAUAUUAUAUGAAAGAGACAGAUAGAUAGAUAGAGAGGUGAAUGAACAGUAAUAGACAAAAUAGAUAGGUAAGAGGAAGAUGAACUAUAGAAGGAGGAGGAAGGUAAAGAAAAUGAGAAAGCAAAGGAGGAGGAGGAAGAACAGGAAAA